AUGAUGAGUUAGCUGAAGACUCAAAAAUUUUCGAACAAACAACUUAAUCUUUUUCAGAAAUAUCUGAGUUGGAUUCUAAGUAGUAAAUUUAAAUAAAACAAUGGUAUAUCUGGUUCAUUAUUAAAAAAAAGUGAAUACAAUUAAAGUGAAUAAGUAUUCAAGUAGAAAUAGGAAGACAAAUAAAUAUAAAAGGUUUAAGUCUUCUAUGAAAAUAUAACGCAAUAUAUGUAAUAAACAAUGAUAUGAACAAAAACAGUCAAUAAUAUAAACCAAAACAUAUUGAACUUGAUGUAAAACUAAAGCCGUUCAUACCAAAUUACAUACCUGCAGUAAAUCAAAUAGAAAAUGGCUUAUCCAUACAAACACCAGAUGGCAAAUUUGAUAAUUACGGUUUAUAUGAUGUGGUAAUAAGAUACCUAUAAAAUUAAAGAGAGAACCCGUGAGUAAAAAGGAUGAUAACAUUUUAGCAAUGUAGAAAGACGCAUUAAAGUAAGCAAAAAAAUAGGAGAAAUAGAAUACAUAAAAACAGAAUGUAAAAAUGGGAAUUAUAAAAGGAAAAAAAUCAACAAACAGCUUAGGCUUACGAUAACCCCCAAGAAAAAUUUACAGAUAUAUUUAAAAUAAUUUCAUUGUAUUUGUAAAAUUUAUUUUUCAGAUAUACCCCAGAGAAAAUUAAUAUAGAACCACAUUUGAAACCCUUCAUACCUUAGUACAUACCUUCAGUUUUGGACCCAGACCCCAUGCUUAAGAUACCCAGGCCAGAUGGGAUGAAGGACAAUCUAGGCCUUACUAUUUUAGUAAAUAAAUUCUUAAGUGUUAGGAUGAAAGGUUGGUGAAGGGAAUCUAUAUGUAAGGUAAUUGA